CCACAAUCAUCGUCAUCCAGAGCGGCUGUUUGACGUCAGCGCUCACCAGCACAUCUCUUGCCUCUUAUCCCUCUUAUCCCUCUUAUCUCUCUGGCCUGUUGUUGUCUCUUGCCUCUAGCUUUGCUCUGCUCAAAUCACAAAACAACAACGACAAAGCAGAGAUGAGGGCCUGUAGUGCUGUGCUGGCACUGACGGUGGCAGCAACCCUGUGCGUCGUUUACUCGCUGCUGACGCUGACAACGGCAUCUGUCGCCGCUGCAAACGUGCUGGAAUCAUCGCCACGCAAUGCCAUGAACCCUGUGCCGGCUACAGCGGACGUGCCGCCUGCGCUUGCCUGGCAUGUGGCCAAGCUCAUGCGCAUCUCAGAGACCGAGGUUGUCUCGGCCAUGGUGGGCGGGGCUCGCAUGAAUGUCGUCGACUUUACGGAGGACGUCGUGACAGAUGCUGUGUGGCUGUACCUCGCAAACAUCUUUGUGUGGUCGCGGUGCUUCGUGGAUGACGCCAAACCCAAGCCGCCGCCGCUCCUGUUGCACUCCGCGGAACCCCUGGAGAACAACACCGUGCUCACCAUGUUUGGAGGCGCCACCGCCAAGUCCGUCGUCACGGCCAACAACGCCACCGUGCUUGACUUCGAGACCAGCAACGACGUGUGGGAGAUGCGCAUCACCCCCUCCGCUGCCUUUGGCAUCCAAUACUCGCACCAAUGCCACUGGACCAAGGCGAAGGUCACCGGUCCCGCGCCAUCGCCCCGUGCAGGGCAGGCAAGCGCGUGGUACUUCCACUUCAUGUACAUCUACGGCGGCUGCAACAAGAUUGGCAAGACCACGAGCGCACAGACAGUGGACUACUGCGAGGACGACGACCUACUCGACGACUUGUGGCGAUACGAUCACGUGAACAAGACUUGGCUGCAGGUGCCGAUUCAAGGCGCUGAGGUGCCUGGGAAACGCAACCUGGGAAACAUGUUCCACUUCCGCGUGGCCGGCAGUCUCAACCUCCUCAUCACCUCCGGCUUCACCCCAGCAUCGUCCUCCCCUGACAUCUCCCAGCACAUAUACACGCAGGAGGCGUUCAGCUGCGUGCCUGCACCCGACCUGUCCGUCGCCACGUGCCAGCGCGUGAAGGAUGUGCCGCGAACUUCAAAUCGCGGCGCCGUCGUUGUGCAGUCGGAAACGCAGGCACUCUUCCUUGGUAUUCGCCCCGCUCCCGCAGACAACACACUCAGGGCAACCACAUACACGUGGGUGGGCGCCAACGCCACCCACAACAUUCUCGUCCAAGACAUUCCCACGCUCAACGAACUGCUGCUGCCAUCCAUCGACGGGUUUUCGAGCACGCUUCAACCACUGGGCGGAUUCACGGCGCAGUGGCUGACAGACCCGUCUGACAUCUUCGUGUUUGGCGACUUCUUCAACACAGUGCAGGGGCAGCGGCACCCGACGUGGCGCGGCUACGUUGUUCCGCCCAUGGGCAACCUCCUCUCAGAAAAGAUGCUGUGGACGACGGAGUUUCAUCUGCGGUCACUCACUGCGCGCGCGUGGGGCACCAUCGUCACCAUGAACGGUGCAAUUGUCGUCGCCGGCGGCUUCAGCGGCACCGAGAUUGUCUCUGUUUGGGGUGUGGAGCCGGGCAACCUCAUCGCCCCCUCUGCCCGCAGUGAUGAUGAUGAGGACGCGAGCGACGACAGCACCGCGCCACUGAUUGACCCCACGCAACUCCGCCCGCCAUCGGAGCGGGCAGCGCCAUCUGGGCUGCCAACACUGCACUGGCACCGGCUGGACCGCGACCCCUCGGAGCACAGCCACCCGCAGCCGCGGUUUGGUCACAUCGCUGUUGCUGUGGACGACGACCGCAUGUACUACGGCGCCGGUCGCACCAGCCAGUCCAACGAAUGUUUCACAGACGGAUGGAUCUUCACCAUCUCCAAACGCGAGUGGCGAAAGGUGACAGAUUCGAUGCCAGCACUGCGUGGAAUGUGGCUGAUUCGACACAACGACCUCCUCAUUGCAUUCGGCGGGUGGGAUUGCUCAACAAAGGCGACGAACAAGCUGCAUGUAGCCUCUGUGGAGGACUUUGAGUGGCGGGAGCAGGAGGCAACAGGCGACCUCCCCCUCCCUCGCGGCUACGCUGCUGGCAGCGUGCUGCUCAGCGAGGAUGGGCGACAGGAGCUGGUGGUGUUUGGCGGAAUGCACAACUGGCUUGACGUUGGCUUGCCAGACGACAACUUUGUGUACGCGCUGGACUUGGAGACGUUCCACUGGCGCCGCACCACGAACAAUACAAACACAUCCCCGCCAAAGCGGCACCAACACUGCGCUGCACGCGUGGGAGACCGCCACAUGUUUGUGAUUGCGGGCCGCAGCAACCAAGUGCCGCAUCGGGACGUGUGGCACUAUGACCACUGGAAGCGCAAGUGGACGCGCGUGGUUGAUGCAGCAAACUCCCCGCUAAUGCUGGAGACGGUGCGGUACGGACACCUGUGCGAGACGUUUAACAACACCAUCUUCAUCAUUGGCGGAUCCAACGGUAACGGGUACCUGUCUGAUAUGGAGCUGUUCGUGCCGUCGUGCAACCGCGGUGAGGAAGGCAACCUGACCACGGGCGAAUGCGCCCCUUGUGCAAAGGGCAGCUUUCGCUCAGACUUGAACAAGCCCGCCUGCACCACAUGCAAUGAGGGCACAACGACGCUCAAGGAAGGCGCCUCCAGUCGCCAGCUGUGCUCCGUGUGCAAGCCUAACUACUGCGUCAACGGGUACCCCGUGCUGCAGGCUGCAUCGCUCACAGCAACCAGCGACGAAGACGAAAGCACAAACGCAUCGCCUUCCUCCUCCUCCUCCUCCUCCUCCUCCUCCUCAUCAUCAUCAUCAUCAUCAUCAUCAUCAUCAUCAUCAUCAUCAUCAUCAUCAUCAUCAUCAUCAUCAUCAUCAUCAUCAUCAUCAUCAUCAUCAUCAUCAUCAUCAUCAUCAUCAUCAUCAUCAUCAUCAUCAUCAUCAUCAUCAUCAUCGUCACCGGGCGAGGGCGCCCCCACCAAUGCGGACGUGUCCCCGUUUGUGUGCAGCUGCCAGUGCCCGUGGAGCUUCUACGGCAAGCGCUGCCAGCACACGUGGCGCGGUGCGUUUGCUGCCGGCCUCAUCUGCGGGCUGCUUGGCGCCGCCUUGCUUGCGUAUGGCGCGCGCUACCUCUACCGCCAGCACCGCCGCGUGCAGGAUGCCGUGGAGCUGAAGCAGCUGCUGCUGGAGGAGAGCACGAAGGAGCUGCUUGAGCUUGAGUCUGCGCUGUCCAUUCGCCCGGAGGACCUUGACGUCAAGGAGGUGCUGGAUGAGGGCGGGUUUGGCGCCGUGUAUCUGGCGCACUGGAAGACGCAGGACAAGCUGGUGGCAGUGAAGAAGCUGCGACAGGCGCUGUUGAUGAUGGACGACAAGUCCAAGGAGGACUUUCUCCACGAGAUUCGCUUCAUUCGCACGCUGCACCACCGCAACGUCGUGUGGUUCUACGGCGCAAACACCAACCUGGAAGGCGACAUGUUCCUGGUCAUGGAGUACCUCUGCCGCGGUGACCUGAGCACCAUCCUGCUCGACACGGAUGCGCCCCUGUCGCUGCUGCGGCGCCACGGGUUUAUGCUGGAUGCUGCGCGCGGCAUGGAGUACCUGCACAGCCGCAGCCCGCCCCGCAUCCACCGGGACUUGAAGAGCCAGAACCUGCUGGUGACGGACAACUGGGUGGUGAAGGUGGCUGAUUUCACCACGGCGAAGCAGCUGGCAGACACGGACCGCCACGCCAGCAGCGGCACUGGCGGUGACGGCAGUGGUGUUCACGCGUACGCUGGCGGCGCUGGCAUUGGUCGUGGUGGUGGUGGCACUCGCGGUGCGAUGGGAUGGGUGCGUGGUAUGGGCUUCCGUGCUGGCAGCGCCCUGAAGCGUGCGGUAUUCCGGAGCAGCACCAGCCACACCAGCAGGACUCACAGCAGGCUGCCGCCACGACCCGCCCCCGGUCGGGCGCCCUUGCCGUAUGGCAGCAGCGGUGGGCGCGACCGUGACGGGAGCUUGCUGUCCAUUCCUGACAUGGUGGACACAGGAGCCGGGCUUGGAAGUUCUGGCUGGAACCGCAACAACACGGCAGGCCUGUCUGUGCGCAGCCGCACCAAGAGCGCAAGCGCAGCCAAACGCCAGCAGAUGAUGCAGUCGACGAUGUUUGGCACGCUGCCGUGGCUGGCGCCGGAGGUGCUGCGCCAGCAGCCGUAUGACCUGAGCGUGGACGUGUAUUCGUUUGGCAUUGUGGUGAGCGAGAUUGCGUCGCGCCAGCUGCCCUUCCACGACUUCAAGGGCAGCCUCCGGCAGGCGAUUGUGGAUGGGGUGCGGCCCACGGUGCCGGAGAGCACGCCGCGCGCGUGGGUUGCGCUGAUGCACGCGUGCUGGCACGAGCGGCCAUCGCGCCGACCGCCAUUUAAGGACAUCGUCAGCGCACUUGAGCGGGACGUGAUGCUGCUUGCUGAAGACAGUAGUGAGGAGAAACGAUGUGAUGUGGGGCGGAGUGAGGAGGGCGAGGAGAGGGGUGAUGUUGUGGAUGCGACUCCAGUAUGA